AUGCAAGGAUUUCGGAAUUAUACAAUGGAAACUUUAGUUCAUCAACAGAGAGAGCAACAACAAAUUGUUGUUGAUUUAAUACCAUCACAAUAUACAAAAUCACAGACACCACCACCAUCUCCACCAGAUACAAAAUCGCCGCAUUCAAAUCAAGAUAAUAUGAAUAAUUUAAAUAAUCAAAUACCAGCUGAUCCAUCAGUUCGUAGAUAUAGAACAGCAUUUACACGUGAUCAAUUGGCACGUUUAGAAAAGGAAUUUUAUAAAGAAAAUUAUGUAUCGAGACCACGUCGUUGUGAAUUAGCAGCACAAUUAAAUUUACCAGAAUCAACAAUAAAAGUAUGGUUUCAAAAUCGUCGUAUGAAAGAUAAACGACAACGUAUUGCUGUUGCAUGGCCAUAUGCUGCUGUUUAUUCAGAUCCAGCAUUUGCAGCAUCAAUAUUACAAGCAGCUGCAAAUAGUGUCGGUUUACCAUAUGCAUAUGCACCAAAUCCAAUGUUAGCACCACAAAUGAUGCCAGCUGCUGCAGCUGCUGCUGCAGCUGCUGCACAAAUGCCAACAGCAGCAGCACAUUAUGCAACCGCUAAUUCAUAUAGAUAUGCACCAUAUCAUAUACCACCGAGAGCAGCACCAAUGCCAAUACCACCACCAGGUUCUGGUUUACAUGGUAAUAAUGGUACAGGUUAUCCAAAUUUAUUAAAUGCUAGCGUUAAUGGUUGUAUACCACAAGGAUAUACACCAUUAAGUAUACCAAAACCGCAUACACCACCACAUGAUAUACAAUCAUCAUCAUCACCACAUUCAACAUUAUCAAUGAGUCCGACUGGUUCUGAUCAUGAUUCAAAUCGUUUAAAUAAUAGUUUAAGCCCAUUAAAACAUAUUAAUCAAACAACAUUAUCACCAAUGAUGAAUGGUGGUAAUGGUACUGGUUUAUUAAUGACAGCAAAUCAACAACAUUUAUUACAUCAUAACAAUAAUAAUAAUAAUAAAUUAGGUUAG